UCCUCCUCGGUCGUUGCGCUGCCGUAUCUCCUGUAACCCUGCGGUACACGUGCGUGCGCUAGGUGGGCGCUGUGGUAGCAUGGACGCUUUGGAUCGAGUUGUAAAGCCCAAAACAAAAAGAGCCAAGAGAUUCCUUGAGAAAAGAGAACCGAAACUCAGUGAAAAUAUUAAAAAUGCUAUGCUGAUUAAAGGGGGCAAUGCAAGUUCAACAGUGACACAAGUACUUAGAGAUGUGUAUGCACUGAAGAAACCAUAUGCAGUUCUGUAUAAAAAGAAAAAUAUUACAAGACCGUUUGAGGAUCAGACAUCAUUGGAAUUUUUUUCAAAGAAGUCAGAUUGUUCCUUAUUCAUGUUUGGCUCCCAUAAUAAGAAGCGGCCAAAUAAUCUAGUAAUAGGUCGUAUGUAUGACUACCACGUGCUGGAUAUGAUAGAAGUAGGUAUCGAGAAGUUUGUCUCCCUUAAAGAUAUUAAGAAUAGUAAAUGUCCGGAGGGAACAAAACCCAUGUUAAUAUUUGCAGGUGAUGAUUUUGAUGUAACAGAAGACUACAGAAGGCUAAAAAGCCUUCUUAUUGAUUUCUUCAGAGGCCCCACAGUAUCAAAUGUCCGUCUGGCUGGUUUAGAGUAUGUUCUGCACUUCACUGCACUGAAUGGGAAGAUUUACUUUCGAAGCUAUAAGUUGCUGUUGAAGAAAUCUGGCUGCAGAACACCUCGGAUUGAAUUGGAGGAGAUGGGACCCUCAUUGGAUCUGGUUCUGAGGAGGACACACCUAGCAUCAGAUGACCUUUAUAAGUUAUCUAUGAAAAUGCCCAAAGCCCUCAAGCCAAAGAAGAAGAAAAAUGUCUCUCAUGAUACUUUUGGUACAACUUAUGGAAGAAUUCAUAUGCAGAAGCAAGACCUAAGCAAACUACAAACCAGGAAAAUGAAGGGGUUGAAGAAGCGACCUGCAGAAAGGAAAGCAGAGGACCAGGAGAAAAAAUCAAAGAGAAUUAAAAAGGAUUGAUGGAAUAUAGCCAAUAACUGCAUUUUUAUUGUAGUCUUUACUUAGAAUUAUCAAGCAUCAAUUAUUUCAGUUUCUUAUAAGGUUUUAUUGUAUAUUUUUAUAACUUGAUAAUUUACCUAAAUUAUAUAUUAUAUACAUUGUGAACAGUAACAUACUAGUAUUAGGUUGAAAGUUAGGCUCUUACUGAAGACAUUACACCCUGGUAUGCCGUUUUCUCUCUGUGAUGUGACAUUUCCCUCUGCCUACCCCAUACAAAGUCUCCUAUCUCAUUGGGUGGGUGAGUGAGGAGGGAUCUCCAGAACAAUCAUUGGUAUUUUAGAGAAUUUUGGGUUAAGCUUUAGAUAAAGGGAGGAAGUUAUGGAAAGUAGAAAUGCUCCAAAGUAACUGUAUACAUGCUCAGUAUGAGCUACCUGGAAAGUUGACCUCAUCUCCCAGCAUAUACAUAUAACCUGACUUUUAUUUUUUUACUUUCCUGUUGUUUUACCUGAAAUUCUACCUGUUAGAGAUUAAUUUUGAGAUUUUUAAGCUCUGUGUCUUAAAACAGAUCUCUGAGAUGUCCACUACCUGAUCAUUGACAUACUACCUUACUAUUGAUUAGUUUAAGAGAUUCUGCUAAUAAAGGAGCCCUAUUCCUCUUCUUUGGGAGAAAGGAAGUUUUGAUAAGGGUUGAAGUGAGAAAGGAGAGAUUAGAUAAGUUACGACACACGACAUUUUAGGGUACUGGGUAGCCGUAGGUAGCUAAAGGUCACAUGAAGGCCCUGGGUGUUUGCAUACAGAGUAGGAGUAAGCCAAAGCCAAACAGCUUAUUUUGAAAUUUCUUGAAGACUGGCCCUGUGCCUAGGAAAGUGGGGGAAAGCUUUCUGCUUCCUGCUCCUAGUACUGCAAACUUGUGUUCCCUAAAUGUACAAUUUAGUUUCCUUGACUGAGUCCCUGGCAAAGAGGCUCCUUUAUACAAGCACAAGCCAGUUAUGCUGUAAAAGUACAAACAUACAUAAACCAUGAUGUGUUAUGUAAA